ACCAAUAAAUCUAUCCCACAUUCUUAUUUUCUCCUUUUCUCACCCUAGAAUCCACCUCAAUUCUAUAGUGAGAAUCGCAUUUUACAAACACAAAACACUCACAUAACAAUAUUGUUAAUAUAUUAUAUAUCAUUGUGAGAGUGAUUGAAUUGGUGAUAUGGGUGACAUAGCACAAAUGAAAAGGUAUGCUGUACUUUUAUGUGCGGAAGACUCGGAAUAUGUGAAAAAAAUAUAUGGUGGAUAUUUUGGUGUGUUUGUGAAAAUGUUGGCAGAAGAAGGAGAGAUUUGGGAUGUUUUUCGUGUGUGUAAUGGUCAUUUUCCAUCGGACGAUGAAAUCGGUGUUUAUGAUGGUUUUGUGAUCUCUGGAAGUUGUAGUGAUGCUCAUGGAAAUGAUGUUUGGAUUUGUAAACUUCUUGUUUUGUUGAACAAGUUGGAUUUGUUGAAUAAAAAAGUGCUUGGCAUUUGCUUUGGUCAUCAGGUACUUGCUCGUGCACUUGGAGGAAAGGUAACCCGUGCAACGUCCGGAUGGGAUAUUGGAAUCCGGAACAUCAAUCUAUCGACAUCCACAAAGACAUUGGCUAAUUUGAAACUGCCUACCCGAUUGUCAUUAAUAGAAUGCCAUCGCGAUGAGGUGUGCGAACUUCCACCCAAGGUAGAAGUGUUGGCGUCGUCCGAUAAGACAGGGGUCGAGAUGUUUAGAUAUGGUAAUCACAUAAUGGGUAUUCAAGGCCACCCGGAGUACACAAAGGAUAUUCUGAUGCAACUUAUCGACCGCCUUCUACAACGUAGUUAUAUCGAGGAGGGGUAUGCUGUAAAAGCUAGAGCUAGCUUGGAUGAGAAUGAACCCGACAGGGAGGUAUGGAGGAAACUAUGCACAAGCUUUCUAAAGGGAAAACUAUGAUGAAUUAAUGGACAAAAGCAAUUAUUGUACUCUUAUUUAAUUAAUCAAUCAAUUAAUUAAUAUCCUUGACAAAACAUUGGUGGAAUGUACAUAUGAUUUUAUUUGUCGUCUAAACACAUUAUUGAUUGUUUAAAAGAAAAUUACAAAAAAAUAAAAAAUAAGAUCAAAUUUUAUAGA